AUGAACAGAUUGGGAACCUUUGUGACCCGGAGACGUCUUAACACAGUCGUCGGGGUCGCAAUUGUGACGGGAAUUGGCGGCUGGGGCUCAUUCUGGUUCUCAACUCGGCACGCGGUUUUUCGACCGCUUCCCGAUCACGAUCCGCUUGUGCAGGGUCAUUUUCAUCAGGCAUUCAAUCCACACAAUAAUCAGGCAUUGAGCGAUAUUUAUGCAUCGACUGUCCGUGUGGAGGAUCUCGAUCGAAAGUUGGUCGAUGAUUUCAGGAAUGGCGGUUCAAAGUUGAUUGAGCGGUACUGCCAGGGAAUAUUUGGCAGAUGGGCUUUUGCCAUCCAGCGGGGACUCGUACAGUCAUUCAGCAGUGUGCAACCUCCGCCGGGGGUGAAGGAUGUCUCCUCGACUAUAGAAAUCCUCAAUGACGAGUUCAACCUUGGAACCCUGAUUGCUAAAGAAUUCUCUGUUUUACAAAAAUCGCCACGCUCUAUAAUUCUGAGAGGCGGUCAACCCAAUCCAAACAACAAAGACGGGCUGCGACAACUGGACGUUCUGUCCGAAAUUCAAGUCUCCAUGAAUGAUGAUGAGACAGAGAUCAGCUUCGAGUACAAGAACAUGUUCUUCAACGGGGAGGGAAUGGCCAGUCCGCCACCUCUCCCGGAAUUUAUAGCACCGUUACAUCUGAUGUACGCGAAAGCUCUCGCGGCUAAUGGCGUUACUAAUUGUAUGAAGAAGUGA